AUGGACGAAGAACAAGACAGGAUCAGCAACUUAUCGGACGAUAUUUUGGCUCACAUUCUGUCGUUUUUGGAACUAAGGGAUGCUUUCAAAACCAUGAUUUUAUCAAAAAGAUGGGAAAAGGUUUGGACUUUGACUCAUAUCAUCAACUUGAAUAACAAAUCAUGUGUGAGGCGCUUCGAUCAACGCUUGUCUCUUGACAAAGAGAUUAGACGAAGAACUACUUUCAUUAACUUCAUCAAUGGGGUUUUAUUUGGCCAUAACAUGAUAUUCCCGGUAAAAGCCUUCACCCUUUCAUAUUAUUUUGGUUAUGCAGAUUUCAUUAGGUAUAGACACAGCCCAUAUAUCAUCAAAUGGGUUGAUGCUGUAAGUACAAAUGAUCUUGAAAAGUUUGAUUUUUCUAUUUCGAUUGAUUGUACAUUUCCGGCUCUCAAUAUGCCUCCUACAUUGUUUCAAUGCCAAAACCUGGUAACAUUAAGUUUAGAGUCCAUUAAUAGAGUACUUAUCCGUUUCGAUGUCCUUGAAACGGUCUGUUUAUUGAGUCUUAAGUAUCUCCGUCUUGUUAAAGUCCGAUUUGAGGAAGAAAACACGUUGAAGAAUCUUUUAUCAGGCUGUCCUGUUCUUGAAGAACUAUACAUGGAACCCGGGGAUACCGGUUUUAAAUCAAUCCCGCAUUUUUACUUUAUUUCACCUUCAUUGAAGAUACUAAAAUGGAAACGUGAAGAAGGGUUUCGUGGUUAUUUUGUUGUUAAAGCACCAAAACUUGAACAUCUUCAUUUUGUGGAACAUUCUAUGUUGGGUUUUAGCAUGAGUGUUUCACCCUCUUUAGUUUCUGUUGUUAUGGAUAUUGGUUCAUCUUUCGGUCAUCAUGGCCAUAUAUCAGUCGAGAAGCUUUUUCAAGGCAUCUCCAAUGCUCAAAAACUUGAAUGGUCCACCCACCAUACAUUUAUGGCUAAGGUAGAGCUUGAUAAUUUACCUGAGUUCUGCAAUUUGACCCAUUUGAAAAUAGGAAGUUGCCAAGACUUGUAUUUUGUUUCUUCCAUUAUUCAACAUUCACCUCAUUUGAAGCACUUGAUCUUUGAUAAGGAUCACUUCAUCUCCGGACCAAUGACAUGGAUGCCUCCGGUGCCAGUCCCAUCGUGUUUGAUAUCGCACCUCGAAACGGUAGAAAUCAUUGCACCUGAAGGCCAAACAAGCUACGAAAUCGAAUUGAUUUUAUAUCUUCUGCAUAUGGGAAAGGUAUUGAAAAAGAUGGUUGUCACUCCAUUUUCAUGUAUAGACUUGAGGAGGAAACUGUGGGAAUCUCCAAAGGCGAGCGGAUGCAAGAUCGUGUUUUCCGAUUUUCCGGCCGGUGGUACGUCAAGAUAA